AUGCCAGCAAUCGGAAUCGAUCUGGGAACAACGUAUUCGUGCGUCGGCGUGUGGCAGCACGGCAACGUGGAGAUCAUCGCCAACGACCAGGGCAACAGGACGACGCCUUCGUAUGUGGCAUUUACGGACACCGAGAGGCUCAUCGGAGAUGCGGCCAAGAACCAGGUGGCCCUCAACCCCAGCAACACGGUCUUCGACGCGAAGAGGCUUAUCGGGCGCAAGUUCGACGAUCCCAAGAUCCAAGCGGACAUGAAGCACUGGCCCUUCAAAGUGGUUAACGACUGCGGCAAGCCCAAGAUUCAGGUCGAAUUUAAGGGUGAACAGAAGAGGUUCGCUCCCGAGGAGAUCAGCAGCAUGGUGCUGACGAAGAUGAAGGAGACUGCGGAGGCAUAUCUGGGAAACACAGUGCGUGACGCCGUGAUCACCGUGCCAGCGUACUUCAACGACUCUCAGAGGCAGGCCACGAAGGACGCAGGUGCCAUCGCAGGGCUGAACGUGCUUCGCAUCAUCAACGAGCCCACGGCGGCCGCGCUGGCGUAUGGUCUGGACAAGAACCUCAAGGGCGAGCGCAACGUGCUGAUCUUCGACCUCGGCGGCGGCACCUUCGACGUGUCGAUCCUGACCAUCGACGAGGGCUCCCUGUUCGAGGUGAAAGCGACUGCCGGCGACACGCACCUGGGAGGCGAGGACUUCGACAACCGACUGGUGAACCACCUCGCGGACGAGUUCCAGCGCAAGUACAAGAAGGACCUGCGCUCGAACCCGCGCGCCUUGCGACGCCUCCGCACCGCCGCCGAGCGCGCCAAGCGCACGCUCUCCUCCAGCACCGAGGCCACCCUGGAGAUCGACGCUCUCUACGAGGGCAUCGACUUCUACACGCGCGUCUCCCGCGCCCGCUUCGAGGAGCUCAACUCGGACCUGUUCCGCGGCACCCUGGAGCCAGUGGAGAAGGCGCUCAAGGACGCCAAGAUGGACAAGAGCCAGAUCCACGACGUGGUGCUGGUGGGCGGCUCCACGCGCAUCCCCAAGGUGCAGAGCCUGCUGCAGAACUUCUUCUGCGGCAAGAAGCUUAACCUUUCCAUAAACCCGGACGAGGCGGUGGCUUACGGCGCCGCCGUGCAAGCUGCCAUCCUAAGCGGAGAGUCUGACUCUAAGAUCCAGGACGUGCUGUUGGUGGACGUGGCGCCGCUGUCUCUCGGCAUCGAGACGGCCGGUGGUAUCAUGACCAAGAUCAUCGAACGCAACUCCAAGAUCCCGUGCAAGCAGUCGCAGACAUUCACCACUUACUCUGACAACCAACCAGCGGUCACUAUUCAGGUGUACGAGGGAGAGCGCGCAAUGACCAAGGACAACAACCUUCUGGGCACGUUUGACCUGACGGGCAUUCCACCGGCGCCGCGCGGCGUGCCCAAGAUCGACGUGACAUUCGACAUGGACGCCAACGGCAUCCUGAACGUGUCCGCCAAAGAGAACAGCACGGGCCGCAGCAAGAACAUCGUGAUCAAGAACGACCGGGGUCGGCUGUCACAGGCUGAGAUCGAUCGCAUGCUCGCUGAGGCAGAGCGAUAUAAAGAGGAGGACGAGAGACAGCGGCAGCGUGUCACCGCCCGCAAUCAGCUCGAGACUUACGUGUUCGGCGUGAAACAGGCGGUGGAGGAGGCAGGCGACAAGCUAAGUGAGAGUGACAAGAACACUGCUCGCCAACAUUGCGAAGACGCCCUUCGAUGGCUCGACAACAACACGCUGGCCGACCGCGAAGAGUACGAGCACCGGCUCAAGGAGCUGCAACGGGUCUGCUCGCCACUCAUGAGCAAGAUGCAUGGAGCAGCACAGGGCGGUAUGCCAGGCGGUAUGCCUGGUGGUAUGCCAGGCGGUAUGCCGGGAGGAAUGCCUGGUGGAAUGCCAGCCGGUAUGCCGGGAGGAAUGCCUGGUGGAAUGGCAGGUGGUAUGCCGGGUGGUAUGUACGGUGGCCAGCGUGAAGGUCCCACGGUGGAGGAAGUGGAU